UAUUGCGCCUGAGCCAGCAAAGGAUCAGGCGAGACGCACGGACCCAGGCCAAAAUGGGCCGACGGAGAAGAAUUAUGAUUAUCUAAUCGAAACGGUCUCACCUGAGACAGUAAAAGAUGGAACAGGCCACUUGAGCCCGAGUGGAAAUGGAGUAACAGAAAAGAAUUACGAUUAUCUUAUCGAGACUAUUUCACCUGAGUCAGCAAAGGAUCAGGCGAGACCCAUGAACCCAAUCCAAAAUGGGCCGACGGAGAAGAAUUAUGAUUAUCUGAUUGAAACAGUCUCACCUGAGACAGCAAACAAUGGAGCAGGUCACUUGAGCCCGAGUGGAAGCGGAGUAACAGAAAAGAAUUACGAUUAUCUUAUCGAGACAAUCGCGCCUGAACCCGCAAACAACAGAGCGGAAUAUACCGGUCACGAUGAAGGUGAAACGGCUGAGAAGAAUUACGAUUAUCUUAUUGAGACAAUGCCUCCUGAAACGUCAGACGUCUACGAUAUCAAUACCAUGCCAAUGAAGCAUGAAGUACCCCAGAUUUCUCAACCAGCUGCAUUCGAUGGGAGCUCCGAAGCGAGUCAGCCCUCUGAUGCGACAACGGGCUCUCCGCCUUCAUGGCCAACGCUAGACUCGUCAUCUCCAGCCGCUGCAUCAGGCCUUGCAUCGGCAGGGGUUGAGAGCAACUUCGACGACAUUAGACAGCUGCAAGCUCCGCUGCGCAACCUUGUCAUCAACAAACUGGGCGUCAAAUUCGCAAGCCUCUCUCAGCUCUUUCGCCGGCCAAAUCUCACCAACCCCUAUCCCGACUUCUUCAGCAUAAUCCGCGAGUCCCUGGCUCGGGUUCGCGUCGACGCAUUGGACUCGGUGGCGAAAAGGGACGUGGAUGAAGAUCACCACACUCUUCAACUCCUGGUGCACGGUAUCAGAGUGGAUGUGGACGUUCCCAGUGAGCCCGCCUUCCACCAAGCAGGACCCACCCUGGUGACGCAACUCGCAGUCGAUAAGAUCCACAUGUACGCGACCUUGCUCAUGCACUUCUCCAACGUAAGCGUGCCCCUCAACUUCAGCGUGAAUGCCGACCUAUUUCCGCCUUACUUCUCCAUCCGUCACGUCCGCGGCUCCGCGCUCGUCAGCAUCGGCUCAGUGCUGGUACCCAUUCGAGUUCCGUACAACCUGUACUUCCAGAAGAGCAGCGAGGAGCCGGGCAAGGCAGCCGUCGGCGUACUCAUGCCGGAGGACUUCGUCACGCACGGCAUUAGCAUGCUGAACGUCAGCACCGAGAUACUGGGCUGCCGGCAUUUGGGCUUCCUGGAAAAAGAGGUUAUCAGGUUCGAGGAGCAAAUGAAGAACAGCCUGGAACUGUGGUUGAGCGAGGAGCCGCUAACGUCGCUGGUCGUUCAGCUUCGGCAUCACCUGCUCGGCUCCACGAAAAAGCCUGCCACGAUGUCGCUCGGUCACAUCACAGCUGGCAGCCCCAACGACCGACGACGGUAGAGCAAAGGCACAUGCUCGGUCAUUGUC